AUGAGCGAGAAUGAAUCCAUGAAUGUGUCAAAAGGCACCUGCUACUACGCCGAGCACAACGUGACCAAGGGCGACUUCAUCCCCUGCGGUAAUGUCGAGCUGGGGCACUGGCCAUGCUGUCAUACGGGCGACGUUUGUCUGGGCUAUCUCAACGGCAAUGCUUGCUAUGAUGCCGAAACCGGCAGCACUUACCUCGCAGGCUGCACUGAUAACGAUCUAACCGACAGGGCAUGUCCUCACAAGUCCCUC